GUAAUCAACACUUGGUGAUUAACUAUCUAAAAUUCUCUCUCCUCCCGUUUUUCUCUCUAGACUCAAACUCACUCGCCUUCUGUUUGCUCCGGCUCCGGCAGCGCGUGAGCGCUCAAUCCGGCGUCGGAGGCUUCACCUUCGCUUUUCUUAGCUCUUCUGUCUGCUGUCUCUCCGACUAUGGUGCUCACCUCCGAUAUGCUCGAUUUUCUGGGUUAGGGUUUGGCUCCGGGGUCUGCUCCGCUCGAGAGGAGUUCGACUCCGACGGCUUCUCUGCUUUCUCUGGACUCUCGGUGAGGAGGGUGAGCGGUGGUUCGUGGACGCAGUCGGCUUUUUGGGUUCAAGAUUGAGGUCGGUUUUCAAUUCUAGAUCUCGAUUUGUUUCCUUUGCGCUUGUGGAAGAAGGACGGUUUGCUUCUCUUUGGUUUCGGUAGUUCUCUGCCUCGGUCCUUAGAGUUUCAAGCGGCUACGGAGGGUGAUUCUCGGUUCUUGGCGGCGUCGUCAAUCACCGGUCUCUCAUCUCUUUAGUCAAAGCGCGUGCCGGUGGAUUUCAUUACCACGGUGACGAGUCUUGAGCGAUGAGUAUGCAGGCGGUGAUGGUGCUCUCUCUCUGUUGUGGCUCGUGAAGGUCUUGUGAGAGGAGUCAAGGGGUAGUCGUCUAUGGCUCCCCGAUGCCCUCUUGCAAUGCCUCAGCGCUUUCAGUUCUCCUCUACUUGUCUCCUUGGUUUGUGUUUCUCUUAAGGCGACGGCCUUCGAAGAGAAUGCCUCUGUUUUAGAUUGGUGUUACAUCUCUGUCGGUACCGGAGGUGGAUUUAGCAGCACAGAUAUUAGCUUCUCGGUUCUCGACAGCUUCAGGCGUAGUGGCGGUUCUCAUCAGUCAUUGGCCGUCAUGGUGCCACGCUUGGUCACGCUCACAUCCCAGCACCACCUUUGGUUUCGCUUGGACUUUGGUGGUGGUGUGCGUGUCAUAAUUGUGCAGGUUUGGGGCCUCAGGUCAAGGAGUAGCAGGGUUUACAACCCGUUUCUUGCAGGUUCGGAGUGGCAUUAGCGUGUGUAUUGUUCGGUCUCGCGUUUCUCUUCAGGUACGGGUCUCUCGGACCACUCGCUUAUUGUUUGCUCGCGCUUCAUUGAAGGAUGAUAUUGCAAGAGAGACAAGAUCAUCGGAAGCUAGCUACACUGGAAAUGACCCGGGAAGACCCCGGCAUCCGUGGCAACACGGAGAAUCUCUCUUUCCCGUGGGUUAAGUUGAUGGUGAGAACGGUUUUCGAUGCCUGAUGAUUAUGAAUUCGAACUAGCAGAACGCGCCGGGGACAUGGGUCGAGCGAAACUAGCUAGAAGUUGUUUGAUUUUGGUAUUUUGUUCGAGUCGAAUCUUGUAAUCGAAUCUUAAUGCCCGUUCUCGGGAAGAAAUUAUAAUAUUUCAUUUAAAAAAAAGAAAAAAAAAAUUAAAUAUCUAUACAGAGAGACAUAAAAAUACAAUAUAGCCGUGAUCAGAGAAAUACCCAUCUCUGCAACAUCAUUUCCCAAUCCACUUGGAAACAAAAUCGUAUCCGUCACAAAGAAAAGAAAGAAAAAAAAACAUAUUUGGGUUACUUGAGCCAUGUGUAUUAAAUUGAUUUACAUGCUGGGGAUGUUGAUUUAAAAGGGUCUAGAAAUGAGCGGCGGCAGCGGUGGUCCAAAGGCGCAGGAGGGUGAGUUGUUUGUGGCAGUGGCCGUGAAGGGUAUGAUCGGAGAUAAAUUGGGCGGCGGUGGAAGCCGCCGCGCAGUACGGUGGGCCGUGGAUAAUCUCUUACCUAAGGCUGAUAGAUUUGUGAUGAUUCACGUCAUCCCCACAAUUACUACUAUCCCUACCCCUACCGGAGAGAGAUUACCGCUGAAGGAAGUGGAGGAGAGGUUGGUGGAAAUGUAUGUGAGAGAAGUGAAACAAGAACAUGAAUCAGUCUUUGUUCCCUUCUUGAAAAUGUGCAAGAGGAGUAGUCGCAGCAAGGUAGAAACUCUGUUGCUAGAGUAUGAUGAUCCUGCAAAAGCGCUUCUGCGAUUCAUCUUCAAAUCAGGAGUUAACAGUUUGGUUAUGGGAUCAUUCACGCCAAGCAUGUUCACACGGAUAACAAAAGGCCCAGGAGUACCGUUGACUGUCUUAAGAUACGCUCCAGAAACAUGUGAAGUAUACAUUGUGUGCAAAGACAGGAUCACUACAAAAUCUAUGAAUCCGUUAAUCAACGCAGGGCCGUCCACAGGACCAAAAGCAGCUGCGUCCGCCCGCGGUUACCUGAAAGACGGGGCGGCUAGCUUCCACACUGUACAGUCUCAAAAUUUGUCUGAUCAUCGAGAAACCAUAGAGCCAGGCACGAGGAGGUCAGUAUCGGCUAAAGAGCUGAGAUCAACAGUUUAUAGUCAACUCAAAACACCUCCAAGUAGUAAGGAUACUAGUACAAAAGUUUCAGAGAUUGUAAGGCGGCGUGGAGCAUCAGAUAUCCCACACCUAAAUUACUUGGAGUUUGAUCAAACAACCCAACCCCAACCUAAUCUUGAGAACAUCGACGAAGGACCACCUGCAACAUCUAAAAAAGCAAAGAAGGUUGACAUUGAAGCAGAGGUCAAUCGUUUGAAGAAAGAGUUAGAAAAUACGGUCACUAAAUACAAACAAACUUGUGAACAGCUAACUUCCACCAAAUACAAGGUUCAGGUGCUAGCGCGGGAAUGUUCGGAAGACGCACAAAGAAUGAACAGUGCCGUGGAGAAAGAAGAGUUGCAGAGAAAAACGGCGGUGCUGGAGAAAGAGCGGUACAUGAAGGCUGUUAAAGAGGUAGAAACAGCGAAAGCGUUGCUUGCGAGGGAGUUUUGUCAGCGACAAAUCGCGCAGGUAAAUGCUUUAAGGACUUACUUGGAGAAGAAGAAAGUGAUCGAUCAGCUUUUAGGAACCGAUCAACGGUACAGGAAGUACACAGUCGGGGAGAUAAUAACAGCCACCGAAGGAUUCUCCCCAGAGAAAGUGAUCGGAGAAGGAGGAUACGGAAAAGUUUACCACUGUAGUCUUGAUAGUACUCCGGCUGCUGUUAAGGCUGUCAGGCUAGAUACGCCGGAGAAGAAACAAGAGUUUUUGAAAGAGGUUGAGGUUCUAAGCCAGCUCCGACACCCACACCUGGUUCUUCUCCUCGGAGCUUGUCCGGAGAAUGGUUGUCUGGUUUAUGAGUAUUUGGAAAAUGGAAGCCUCGAGGAAUAUAUAUUUCACCAAAAAAAUAAACCGCCUCUGCCUUGGUUUAUCCGGUUUAGGGUGGUUUUCGAGGUAGCUUGUGGUUUAGCCUUCUUACACAGCUCUAAACCGGAACCAAUUGUACACCGCGACCUAAAACCGGGAAACAUCUUGUUAAACCGGAACUAUGUGAGUAAAAUCGCAGACGUCGGUUUAGCUAAGCUGGUUACGGAUGUUGCACCAGAUAAUAUCACAACCUAUCGACACUCACUUCUUGCUGGUACAUUGCAUUACAUUGACCCAGAGUACCAUCGAACCGGAACGAUUAGACCAAAAUCUGAUCUCUACGCGUUUGGGAUAAUCAUUCUUCAGUUGUUGACGGCUCGUAAGCCCAACGGGCUUGUACACGCAGUUGAAAAUGCUGUACAGAAAGGAACAUUAACCGAAAUGCUAGACAAGUCUGUUACGGAUUGGCCUUUGGCAGAAACCGAGGAAUUGGCACGGAUUGGUUUAAAGUGUGCGGAGUUUCGGUGCCGAGAUAGACCGGAUCUUAAAGAAGAGGUUAUACCCGUUUUGAAACGGCUUGUAGAGACUGCAAACUCAAAAAUAAAGAAAGAACAAUGCAACGUGCGUGCACCAAGUCAUUACUUUUGUCCUAUCUUACGAGAGCUAAUGGAGGAACCAGAGAUUGCAGCUGAUGGAUUCACGUACGAGAAGAAAGCGAUCUUAGCCUGGUUUGAGAAACACAAUGUUUCACCAGUGACUCGACAAAAGCUCGACCACUUCAAGCUGACACCGAACAAUACACUCCGGUCUGCGAUUCGCGAUUGGAAAUCAAGAGUCCGGUUUUCUAAUGCCUUUAUUGAUGCAUCAUGUUGAUUCGUUAUUGGGGAUUUUUUCUACAACAUUUUCAUUCGGAGUUGUAAUUUCUUUUUGCCGUAUAUGCAUGUAACUAUAUAUGGUGGUGUAAAGUUUUAUGUGGUGGACAAAAAAAAGAAGGGGGUUAUGCGGUU